UGUACUAAGGAUGACGCUAACCUACAGUCAAUCGAUCCUCAACUUUCAACACGAUCACAUCCCCAAGUCCGUCUGAGAGUAUAUGGUAUCAAGUAAAAUAAAAGAAGUGAAUUCAAGUGAACUUUACAAUGGAGCCUAACGCAAUGCUUGCUGCUUUGCGAAGUGUUAACGAUCAGUUGUUCGAUAUUUGGCACGCUACGUACAUCGCAGAACAGUCUGAUGCUCAAUUGACGUUUCCUGAUCGUCGUCUGCAGCAUGAAACCCUUGCUGUAUUGCACGCGUAUUUGCUGCAGCUAAGCAACUCCAAGCGGGAUCUCCAGGAGAGAGGCAUGACAAACGGACUGUUGUAUCAUACAACUGUGGUGUAUUUGGAUUUCUGGACCUACCUGACCAACCAACUCAUGGCAGGAUACAUGAAUGGUCAACAGCACUACUCGACUGGCUGAAGUUUAAUCGUCGAUCAUGUGUUUACGCACCGUCCAUCUAUGUGCUUGUAAACAAAGCAAAUGUGUCCUGCAAUAAACAGGAGAACACCGCAAAACCUGAUGAUGUCCUACUCACCUUAGUUUUCCUCUAUUUGGCCUUCUUUUUAACACACAAAAAACCUCGCAUUCCUAGUGGGAAUCAUCCAUUUAUGAGGUAAAAAAAUGAAAUAAUUGAGAAGUUUUCGACCCAAUCAAUCAGUAUUGUAACAGAAUGUAACGCUUAAAUCAUUUGGUAUUUUUUAAGAAGGAAACUAUCAACAAAAUUUAUUAAUAAAAGCAAGUUUGCGAGGAAAAAAGCGCUCUUCGAUUAUUCUUUUAUUGUUUUAUCCAACAUACGAAAAACAAAACAAAAACAUGGCAACAGAAAAAAAUA